CUGAGGCGCGGCAAGGCCGGGGGCUUCCUUCCCCCCCCCGCGGGUACAACCGAGAGGCCUUAGAGCGACCCCCACCCCCCUCCUUGCGCGCCCCGGCCGUCAGCCAAGAGGCGGCAAGAGCCUUGAUCGGUGGGCUGGAAAGGAGCCGCCGCCACCACCGCAACAGCAGCAGCAGCAGCCGCCGCCGCCGCAGCCACCGGGCGCCCGGAGCGCUCUCUUCCCCGCCCCCGCCCAGCACACCCCUGGAGCCACGGCCGCCGCCGCCGCCACCACCACCACCGCCGGCUCGCCCCAUGGACUGAAUGAAGGCUGCCUGCACCCCCUAUCGAUGCCUCACCAAAGAGCUGGAGAGCUGCGCCAUGAACCCAGAGCUGACAAUGGAGAGCCUGGGGCCCUUGCACGGGCCGGCCGGCCCUGAGCAGGAGUUGAUGGGCAGCCCCAGCCCGCACCAUCACCCGCCGGGCAGGAGCGCCGGCCCGCUCCGGGUCCACCCGCCGCCGCCGGGCCCGCCGCCUUCCCACCAGGAGCUGGCCUCCGCCUCCUCGCGUUCGGCCAUGGUGAGCAGCAUGGCUUCCUUGCUGGACGGGGCAGGGGACUACCGGCCGGAGCUCUCCAUCCCUCUGCACCACGCCAUGAGCAUGCCCUGCGACUCCUCGCCGCCCGGCCUGGGCAUGGCCAGCACCUACACCACGCUGACGCCGCUCCAGCCCCUGCCGCCCAUCUCCACCGUCUCGGACAAGUUCCACCACCCGCACGCCCACCACCACCACCACCACCCGCACGCCCACCACCCGCACGCCCAUCACCCCCACCAGCACCAGCGCCUCUCGGGCAACGUCAGCGGCAGCUUCACCCUGAUGCGCGACGAGCGGGGGCUCCCGGCCAUGAACAACCUCUACGGGCCCUACAAAGAGAUGGCCGGCAUGGGCCAGAGCCUCUCGCCGCUGGGCAACGGCCUGGGCUCACUCCACAACCCCCAGCAGGGCCUCCACAACUACGGGCCGACGGGUCCCGAGAAGAUGCUGAGCCCCAACUUCGAGGCCCACCAGGCCAUGCUGACCCGGAGCGAGCAGCACCUCUCGCGGGGCCUAGCCACCCCGCCGGCCCCCAUGAUGGCUCACCUGAACGGGAUGCACCACCCCGGCGGCCACCCGCAGCCCCACGGGCCCGUCCUGGCCUCCAGCCGGGAGAGGCCGCCUUCCUCCUCCAGCGGCCAGGUCAACAACUCGGGCCAGCUGGAGGAGAUCAACACCAAAGAAGUGGCGCAGAGAAUCACCGCCGAGCUGAAGCGCUACAGCAUCCCCCAGGCCAUCUUCGCCCAGCGGGUGCUGUGCCGUUCUCAGGGGACCCUUUCAGACCUUCUAAGGAACCCUAAACCUUGGAGUAAACUGAAAUCGGGCAGGGAGACCUUCCGAAGAAUGUGGAAAUGGCUGCAGGAACCCGAGUUCCAGAGAAUGUCAGCUUUAAGACUGGCGGCAUGCAAACGCAAAGAGCAAGAACCAAACAAAGAUAGAAACAACUCCCAGAAGAAAUCUCGUCUGGUUUUCACUGAUCUCCAACGCAGAACACUUUUUGCCAUUUUCAAAGAGAACAAACGUCCAUCGAAAGAAAUGCAGAUCACCAUUUCACAACAGCUGGGCUUGGAACUUACUACGGUCAGUAACUUCUUCAUGAAUGCUAGGAGGCGGAGUCUUGAGAAAUGGCAGGAUGAUCUGAGCACCGGGGGAUCCUCGGCAACCUCCAGCACUUGUACCAAAGCAUGAUCAAAGAACCGAAUCUGAAUUGGGCACAACUCAACUAAUAUCUAUUUAAAAGGAAUGGAUUCUUAAUGGGGCCCUUCACUGGUGAUUUGAAAGCACAAUUCUCCUAAACCGUAAUACUACUUGGCAACACAGGGCAUUCAGUUUAAUUUAAUUCAGAUGAGAAUUAGGCUUUGGGGGUUCUCUCUAUCUGUCUUUUCUUUCUCGUGCAGGUCAAAAGUAUAUUCAAGGCAGGCUAAACAUGCCAGAAACAGAAGGUGCUCUCUCAUGCCUUAGAUCAGGGGUACCCAACCUUGGCAACUUGCAGAGUCGUGGACUUCAAUUCCCAGAAUUCCCCAACCAACAUGGCUGGCUGAGGAAUUCUUCGAGUUGAAGUCCACAAGUCUUAAAGUUGCCAAGGUUGGAUAUCCCUGCCUUAGAUUAACUCACAGAUGGUGUGAUAGAGCCAAGCAAAGUUCAUUACUUUUGGGGCCACAGGGAGCAGCCAACAAAAUGGCACCUAACUGAACAUAUUGCUCACUACAGAAGGUUCAAACCUAGCUGACUCCAUCCAUUUUCUAAAAGCUUAGAUUCUCCACACUCGUAUACCAAAGCAAACAAACACAGAAAUAAGCAAAUACUGAGCACAAAUGUUAACUAGACCUAAGAACACUGGGUUGUAAUUUAAAGACUCAGGCAAUGUUAUGCUGAAUACUUUUCAGUAUUAUCCAACUUAGCCUUUUGGGCUUUUUUCUUAAAAAAAAAAAGGUGUUUAUGGAUAAGGAUCAAGCUUCAGUAAGAUUUGGUUCCCUGAAGCCAAAUUAUCAAGCACAAAAGCAAUAGAUGUAAACAGCUGUGGGUUCUUUGCCUGUUCUUCUAGGACGUGCUCGGAGUUGGGAGGGGGUUGUUAGUGAACAUGUUGGUUUCAAGCACACUUUUGCAGGUUUUUCACAAUUUCUAUGUGUACAUAGUGCAGACUCACACUCAGGAAGCCCGUUUAGAUGCUACCACACAAAGAGCAAAUGCAACAAAGAUCUAUGUUUUUUUAAAAAAUAAAAAUAAAUAAAACCAAACCAUUAAUUUCACCACACCAUUAUUAUCCAAAUAAAGGAUAUCCUCUUUUUUUGCCAAAUAAUUUUUAUAUUUCAAUUAGUUGAUGUUUCAGCAGGAAAAAGAAGCAAAUGCCUUCAACUGUCACUCACCAUUGGCGCACUUCUUUGAAAAGUGUGGUCCAAGCCUGUUCCAUGGACAAAAAACCAUCUUCAUUUAUCACUUCAUGUCAGAGAAAUGCAACACACCAAAGAUGCAGGAUACUGCAAACCAAAGACCAUCAUAAUGUCUAUAUCCUAAUCUCAUUACCAUUUUGUUGUCAUUGUCGAUUUUGUCAGUUCUUGCAUACAUUAGCCAACAAUGUUGGUCAAACUAUGGCUCUUUCAGCUCACCUUCCCAGGGAGCUGAAAGAGAUUAGUUUCUCAAGUGAAGUAGCAAUGCUAAUUUUCAAUCGCACUAGGGUACCAUGCUCACCUACCGAUGCAUAAACACUAUUGUCCUCAUCAGAGUUCCUCUGGUCAACGCAAUGUGCACAUUUACCAGUGAAUAGCCCCUUUCCUUCGAACACCACUUGAGUGUUCGCUAGCAAGCCAAAUGCUGUAACGAUCCUUUAAAGACACUUGAGACUCUUUUAUGUACUACUUAAUCGAAACCAAAGAAACUUUUUCUGCACCUAUUUCUUCUGCAACAAACUGUUCCGUUUAAGGGGGGGAAAAUAAAAGAAAAAAUGAAUAAUAAUUUAAAAAAAACAAACAAACAAAAACAAGGAAACACGUCAGGAAAAAAAUAAUAAACCAAUGAUAACACACUGUGUUUUGACAGACAUCUUGGGACAUUUUUAGGAAGCAGAGUUCAAAGAAAGGGUUGACAAGAAAGGAAACGAAUGGAAAAGCCAAACAGGAUUGCUGCUUCAUUUGACAACUCAGUAAUCUUAAAGUUGAAGAUUGUCUUUAAUUUGUGCCUAUGCAGUUUUUUCAAAAGAACAAGGAACAGAGCAACCGAGACCUCAACAGCUACAAUACCAAAGAAUGAGGAUUUCUCACAACUUUUAGUUCAGUUCAUUCUCUCCCCUUGCACGACUAAUAAUGCUUUUAGCACCAUUGAUCUGUGUGAAGGUAAAUGGUUUCUGUUUCUUUUGAGCAACAACCAACAACACACAAAAGGGACGACUUUUAAAGUUCUUUUCUUAUUUUUUCCUAGUUUCUGCUCCCUCAUGGAAUCUUCUCAGAAUUCCAUGAACUCCAAGUAUAAGUUGUUGGGAUACUAAACUAAAUCUGGUACGGGAAGAAAAAUCUCAUCAGUCAAAUGCUAAUUUUGAAUCAAGAGGGCUAUGUGAUUUUUAUGCUUUUUAAAGUGUUCAUCUAAGGGCUGGGGGGUUGGAGGAAAAAGUAUUAUCAACGUAGAAGAAAUUAUAUUUGUAUUUGUUGAUACAGGAAUAUGUUAGGAAGGAGCCUCACAUCACAUAAUCUGACCAAUGAACAAUUACAGGUAGCCCUUGACUUCCAACUACAAUUGAGUUCAAAAUUUCCAUUGCUAACCAAGAUGGUCAUUAAAUGAAUUGUGCCCCAUUUUAUGGUCUUUUUUGCACAGUGGUUAAAUGAGUCAUUGCACUUAAGUAAAUCAUGUGGUUGCUAAGUGACUCCAGCUUCCCCCCCCCCCUUGGGGACGCUACAAAUAGUGAUUACAUGACCCUGGGUCUGUGCAACUGUCAUGAAUACAUGCCAGUUGCCAAGUGCCCAGAUUCUGAUCA